CAGCCACCAUUGGUACCACCGACCAUCCGUGGCAACAGCCACAACGUGCAGACGUUGUUGGAGCAAGCCGAAAAGAACUCUGGAGCUCUCACGAUCCACGGUGUCACACACAAAGCUGAGAUCAAAGAGUUGGAUUUCAUGGAAGAUAUUGGACACGGAAGCUGCGGUACUGUAACCAAAUGCAGUUAUAAGAGUUUCACGAUGGCUGUGAAGACUAUGCCGCGUACAACGAACAGUUAUGAGAUGUCCCGUAUUCUCAUGGAUCUUGAUGUUAUCUGCAUCUCUUUCGACUGUCCGUACAUUGUCCGUUGUUACGGCUACUUCAUCACUACGUACGACGUCCGUGUGUGUAUGGAGUGUAUGGCUACAUGUCUUGAUCGUCUGCUCGAUCGCAUCAAAAAGCCAUUUCCAGAAAGAAUUAUCGGCAAGCUUAGCAUCAGUAUUAUCAAGGCUCUGCAUUACCUCAAAACAAAGCAUCAAAUCAUGCAUCGCGAUGUCAAGCCAUCCAACAUCCUGCUCGAUUGGAGUGGUGUCAUCAAGCUCUGCGACUUUGGAAUCGCUGGGCGCCUGAUCGAGUCGAGAGCUCAUUCGAAGACCGCUGGAUGUCCGUUGUACAUGGGACCAGAGCGCCUCGACCCGAACAAUGAUGACUCGUACGACAUCAGAAGUGAUGUGUGGUCGUUGGGACUCACGUUGGUCGAGUUGGCCACCGGACGCUACCCAUUCGGUGGUUCGGAGUUCGAAAUGAUGUCCAAGAUUAUCCACGACGAACCACCACGUUUGGAUCCCACCAUGUUCUCGGCUGAAUUCUGCGACAUCGUGACGUGCUGCCUCCAGCGUGACCCAACAAAACGCAUGAACUACGACCAGCUUCUUCAGCACCCGUUCAUCUUGAAGCACGAAGGGGUCGACACCGAUGUUGAGGAGUGGUUUGCUGAUGUCAUCCAUAAUGCUACCGACCAUGAAGCCAAUGAGAUUUCCAAUCUUGCUGACCAAUAUGCGCAAAGUCUUCAGCAACAAAUACAACUUUUGCAGAUCGAAAACACUUUUUUAAAACAACAAUCCCAGAAGGAGGAAGAAGCAGCAGCAGGGGAAAGGAUUAGGCAGCAAGAGCUAGAGGAAGAGCGGUAUCGGGAGGAACAGGAACGGGAGAUUCACGUUCGCGAAAUGGAAGAAAUGCAACAACGGCGCUCGUCAACAGCAUCACAGAGAGAUCAGUCGCGUCGUGGCACUACCACAAAGAUUUUGGCAAGAGGAAAUGAGGUGUCGUUGAAUGGAGAGACGUGGUGUCAACUUCCGUCGUACCAUCCACCGAUUCCAGCUAUCAUCAGUGACCGGUCUCAGUUUUCGCAACGGCUUGCGAGAGAAAGAGUGAGUCUAGUAGUAGUG